AUGGAUACGAAACUGCGGCGAUCAAAUGUCGGUACACCAGCACAAGGUACGUCGUGCGAUUCGACGAGUGAGUCGACGCUGGUUGGGAGCAGGGGAUGGAUGCUGUGCGUGCGCGCGAUGCAGGUGAAGCCAAUAUCAAAGUCGAUUGUACUGCGAAUAGCCGAUGCGCGUAGGGUCUGGAGCGAUGGCGUACGAGAUGAGAUGAUGGUUGCGCAAAGCGACGAUGAGCGCAGAUCGAUGGCGGUAAGCACCGACUGCCCCCCGGUUCGUGAGCUUGGAAAUCACCUUCCACAGCAAAGCGACUCAACCAACUUAGUGGUCACUCGCUGCACGUCGAAUCGAAUUCGACGACAUGCAGCCACGAAUCGCAGCCUUGGUCGUGGAGCUUCGACCAACCACAUCGGUCGACGCGCCCUCGAAGCGGACCAACAUGGUUACCAGACAGCAGGACAGCGGAAACAACAUCGAAUUCGCAUUUCCGAUGCAUUCGGCGCAAUUUGUGGCGACAAUGCGACCUGCGCCACUUUUGUCCUGCGAAGCCACGAUAUCAUGUCCGUCCAAGGUUUCGCGUCUCAAGCAAGCGAUGUGGCUCUCGCCAAUGACGUUAUGGCUUGCUACGUCGGACUUGGAACGCUGAAACUCAAACCUGUGCGCUCCGACCUAAACACUUGUGACGAGAUCAAAGUCGUCUGCUGCUGCACGGAAGCAUGCAAACAUAAGACGCGAGACGAGUCGGAAUUUGAUCGCGAAGGCCGCUUGCUGAACACCGCAUUCACCGGGAUGAUUGUUCGACGUGCAUCUCGCUUCCACAAGAACAACGUCUAUCGCUCUUGCCAGGACCGGCAUCGUGCGUCGACUUACCUGAUCAGCUUUCGUAAUAGCCCCGUUCGUGGCCAGUUUUUCCGGCCGAAACCCCGAUCGAGCGGUGAGGAAACCCAGAAGCAGAGAUACGCCGGUGAGGUUGACCGAUCUGGUCAGGUUGCGCUAGAAACACCUCCCGCCGUGAUCUCGGGCUCAUCGGUCAACUCGGUCCACAUGUACAUCCUCGAUCCCCGCGCUCGGAUCGCUCGCUUAGAUCACUUCGCAUCUCGGGGCUCGAGAUGUCGGACAAGAGUGUGUGUUCCUGCAGUUUGCCCCCUUGGUGUUUCCGUCGUUCGGCGUAACAUUGUCGCAUCGACAGCACGCGAGAGAACGACUUCGUAA